UUUUUUUACUGCUUACGAAAUAUUUGUUGUGUGAAAAGUUAAUUUUAGAGAUAAAAGUCAUGUUUGAAAUUAGAAAUUAAUAUAAUUAUGUGUUUUUUUUGGAAAUAAAGCAAGUUAUAAAACACAUUUUUAUUUCGUUGUAGGUGUUCAAUGUUACUGAAUAGGAAAACAUAUAAGAGCUGUAAUAAUGCCAGAAAAGAAAGGUAGCUCUGAAGACAAAAUGUCCUCUAGCAAAUGUUCCUGUUGUCCCUAUGGGUUUCAUAUUGAUCGGGACUUUGUCCGUUACUGUGAUUCCUUGUAUAACUCGACUCAGCUAGAAAAGUUAAGACAAAUCAAGCGAGAAAGGAGAAAAGAAAAAAAGACUGUUGAAUCCUACUUGGGGCUAGGAACUAUGCCUGAAACUAACAAAGAUACCAAAAUUCCUGUUACAGUUCCUCAAAAUUUAACAAAAUUUUCACAUAGCAUUAAUUUAUAUAAUGAUGUUCCUCGAAAUUCUUCAACGUUACCGCAUGAUAUUCAUCUACAUAAUGAUGGACUGGAUAAUGCUAUGCAGGAUUUUGAAGAUACAUGGCAGAAGAGUUUGAAAAAGAGUAGCAGCAGUAAUGAUAUAAUUUCUAAAAAAAAUGGACUUUCAACAAUUUAUUCAAAACCUAGUAAAAUUUCAUUUGAUGAUCAGAAAAUUAUAUUCUCCAGUAACAAACAGCCAUCACGUAGCAGCUCCACUAGUUCAGUCUCUUCACAGUCUACAGCUAUUUCAAGCACAAGUAUACCAGUUACAUCAGAUAUAUCAUAUAGUUUCCAUGCUUCAGAGCAAAUGACUUCAUCCAUUGAUAUGUUAAACAAAUCUCGUGUAAGUUCACCUUUCCAAACUGCUGGAAUUAAUAAAACUGUGCUUAGCAGCAUAAGGGAACGAAUGGCAUCUAGCUUACAGCGAAUGAAAGAGCUUGAAGACCAAGUAAAAACUAUCCCCAUAUUGCAGGUGAAACUAUAUGCAUUAUCUGAAGAAAAGAAAUCUUUACUUAAUCAACUCAAAGCAAAACAGGUCUGUUCUACUUCUGAAAAAUUGCCUGAAGGUGAAAAACACCUUGAGAGCCAGUUAAAGCGCUUAGAAAAUGAAGGUAUUAUGUCUCCUACUUUAAGUAGAAAAUGUCUGUCUAAUAAAUCCGGAAAGGAUGAUGUUCUGGCUUCUCCUGGUAUGGCAUCAUGGUUGGAUGCUAAUAUAACCAAGAAAAAUUACAUUGAAAAAGAAAUAAUAUCCCACUUAAAUGUUAAUGAUGUAAAAAAUAUCUCAUCACCACAAUCAAAACCUGUAAAAAAUGUAGCUACUUCAUGCUCAGUGUUAACUAGAGACAUUGGAAUUGGUUAUGUUCCUAGUAAAUACAAAUCUGUUGCUGUUGGUAGCGAUGUCUCAUUCAAUGACUUAUUAAAUUCAUUAAAAAACAAGAAAAACUUUGAUAGAUGUACAAGUAUGUCAUCUGAAUCUUUAGAAAGUGAUGCAGAAUCUCUUGCAGGGUCAGAUGAACCAUCUAGAUCCUUCUCUCAGGCAAGAUUCCGUAAAACGGUUUCUAAUAACAAUGCAUCUAACAUUCCAGUUAAAUAUUUUGUAGCUACUUCAACUAAUACUGACAUUAAGUAUUUUUGUAAUAAAUCUAUAAAUACCGAACAAUCUUUUUUCAAAUUGCCUGUAAAAGAAUCUACUGACCGAAUACUUAAGCAUAAAAGUAUCUCUGCUUUUCCUGUUGUCAGUACAAAAUUUGUGCAAACUUGUGAAAAGACAACUUUACGAAGUGUUGGCAUGCAAACAUUAGAUAUGAAAUCUAAAACCCAGGAGAUAGAUAGAAAGCAUGUUAAAACAAAAGAUGCUGGAGUUGGUGAUAUUAAUGUUAAUGACAUACACUGCUUUAAUUGUAAGAAGAUGAAAAUAUCCAUUGGUGUUGGAGAUUUCAGUUUGAAGUCUGUUGUAUGUGAUCAGUGCUCGUCUCUUCAACCCCAUUCUCGUUCUUUGGUGCGCAGUGAAAAUUGUGAAAAGUGUGUGCUUCGUCAAACAGAAACUAUUGGUGUUGGAGAUCAAGAUAUAAAUAACAUUGUAUGCCAAAACUGUGAGCAUAUAAAAUCUGAAAUAUCUAAAAAAGUAGAAAAGCAUUCAAUUAGUACAAAUACAGCUGAUGACUUUUCAAGUAACUUAAGUCUUUCAAAAAGGGAUAUAAAUAUUUGUGAUAAAUGCAGUGCUACAAUUCAAUCUGUUGCUCAAGGUUUUGCCUCUGGCACUUCUGAAUCCAAAAUUCCUAGACCUAAUCUUAAAUCACCAGGGAGUGCUGGAAAAACCAAUCACACAAAGCUUGCAAAACUUAAAAUUCAAGUUGGGAAAACACAAAAAUUGGAAAGCUCAACGACUAAAGAAGUUACUCUCAGUUCAGAGAAGAAAAUUAUAUCUUCAAAAAGUAUUGUUACAAAAUCAAACAUUGAGAAUAAAUCAUCACCUAGUGGAACAGAUCAAUCUAAAGAAUUUUCAGGACCAUCUAUGCUAACAGAUUUCAAUGAUCUUCCUGUAAUUCCUCAUAAAAAGGCAGAAUUAAGUAAAGAAGUAAAAGCUGCUUGUAAAGUUUUAAAUGAUUAUCUAUUGAAACCUGAAAGAGGAGGAGAGAAAAAGACAUUAUCAAGUUUAAGUAUCAUUCAAAAUGAGUGGUUCCGAGUUGCAAAUCAAAAGAAAGCAGACCCUCUAGUCAUUGAAGAUUAUUUGGAUGCAUUUGAAGAAUUCUCAAAGCUUUUAUUAGAAAAAGUUGUUAAUUUAGCAGAUGCUAAUGGUAACACUGCUCUUCAUUAUGCCAUUUCUUAUGGAAAUUUUGAUGUUGUGAGCAUUUUGAUUGAUUCCAAGGUCUGUGAUGUUAACAAGAAAAACAAGGCUGGAUAUACUAGCAUUAUGCUAGUUGCUCUAGCUGAUAUGAAAAAUGAUGCCCAUCAUUAUGUUGUUCAAAGAAUUUUCAGCAUUGGAGACAUAAAUAUCAAAGCAACUCAGAAUGGACAAACUGCUUUAAUGCUUGCUGUCAGCCAUGGAAAGAAAGAUAUUGUAAAAAUGCUUCUGGAAGCUGGUGCAGAAGUAAAUUUACAAGAUAAGGAUGGAUCAACAGCUCUAAUGUGUGCUGCUGAACAUGGGCACAUAGAGAUUGUUAAAAUAUUGCUUUCCCAUCCGGAAUGUGAUCCAACCAUUGUUGACAAUGAUGAAUGCAAUGCAUUAACCAUUGCAAUGGAGGCAGGACACAAAGACAUUGGCCUUUUGAUCUACACCAACAUGAACUUUUCUAGGGGUAGUUCUCCCUAUUCUACUCUAAAGUCACGAAAACGUUCGACUCCACGAUCGACACCUACUCCUAGAACUCCAACCCUGCGCUCCCCUCUUCCAAGCCCUUCUGCUAGAUCAACAAAUUCCAUUCCAUCAUCAUUCCAAUUUCCAGUUUGAGUGUGGAGUAAGAGACCAAGAGUAACACAGAGACUAAAAUAUAUUAUAGUAGCUGCAUUGUGCCAAACUUGUGAUAUAUCUUUUGAUGGAAUUUCCAAGUAUUAUCAAGAUUAUACACUAAGCAUUUAAGUCGGCAUUUAUUUUUAGAAAAUAUGCCUAUAUAUUUUUUUUAAAUGAUUGGUAUUAUUUUGAUUAAAGGUUGUUUGUAAGGAGCAUUCCAUUUUUACAAAUAAUUGUUGUUUUUUUUUUUCAAAGCAAAAGAAAAGGUAUUUUUCUAUAAACUUUUUAAUGUUGAAGCAGCUAGUUAGUAUAUCUGUCAGACGUGGCAUGUAUAUAUAAUGCUUAGUAUGAAUUUUAAAAAGGAGUAUUUUUAUUUGAGGCAGCCAGAAUAAUCUGUAUAGAUUAUCACCUUGAAAUAUUAUUAAAUCAUAGCAAAUAAAUGUGAUAAAAAAAAUGUUUUGAUACAAAAAAACAGUCAAGUACUUUAUUAUAUAAGUUUUGAUCAUAAUAAAUAAGAAUAAUAUGGUCUGAAUACAACGACUUGAUUCAAUCUUUAUUGUAUUCAAGCCUUUCUUUUUCUGUUUUCUUUUCUGGUAAACUCUUACAUUGAGUUUCUUUUAAAAGUUAUGUUGUGUGUGCAAACAAAAUUAUAAUUUUAUGCUUGUUUUGUAUAUUUGGUUAGUAUUGAAAUGGAAAAAAUGUUUAAAAUAGGACAGGGACGUAUAGCACUAGUGUUAUUUAUUAAUAGACAAUUAAUAA